CUUAAUUCUUUCAAAACCUCCCUAUGCGUAAAGCUCACCUCCUAAAGAACUGUACAACAACACGGCAAGUGGCAGACAAUGGCCAUCAUUAAUGCAUGAGCACCGCAAGACGAUGCGGCGGAAAAUGCACCUACCUGGUGGUGCACAACCCGGGCGACCUCGUGAAGAGGCUUGCUCAAUUGAGCCAGACGGCAUGAUACGGCAUGCGCACCGCUUAUGAUCCGUCCUUUAUCGUAUAUCCGCAGACAUGCGAUGGAUCCCGAUGAUAGUUCCACUUCGUCGGCGUUGCGGAGGUCGAUCGGCCCUUCGCACGAGCUUCCAACCACCACAUUGUCUGGCUGCGAUGUUGCACCCUUCGAGCCUUGGGUCUGCGAACUUCUCACUUUGGAAAUCCGUCGGCAUAUGAGAGGUGGUGACGCUCAAGAUGAGACCAACCCUGACCACCUUGGAUUACGGACCAGCACAUUGGAGAGUGCCAUUAACAAUGCUUCUCAACUUCUCCAGCAACAAGCGAAGUGGUUCACUCCCCAGGCGCUGGCUCGUCUCCUUGGAGCAGUUUGUGAGGCGAAGAGCACGACCUCUUCCGCCACUCUGCAGGCAGCUCUACAUUUCGUCAACACUGCCUUCACUUAUGCUCUGCUGCCAGUCGCGUGCAUCUCCGAGAUUGUCCGAUUUCUGGCACAGGCUUACUACAGCGCAUCGAGAGCCCAGAGGACCAGGAAGCUCGGAGCCGCCGUGUGGAGCACUGUAACGCGACUGCUGGAAUCUCACAUUGGUGAGUUGCUGGUUGAAGCCUUUCUGACUGCCUUGAGCGACAAUGCGGAGUCUAGAAGCGGCUUCAGCACAACCACUGGUGCGCUGAUGUUGAUGUUGGAAAUGCUGCGGAGCAGAAAAGAAGGCAUGCCGUUGAUCAAUCCAACAAUUUUGAUUCUUCGUCUGGAGCAGUUGACCAGUCGUACCAUGGAUGCCGUCAUUUUAGAGCACGUCGCAGAGUUGCUAGCAGAGUUACUGGCUAGUGACGCUCGAGUGUCACUGCUCAGAGGUGAUGGAGGCUGGUCGAAAGUGCUUAAUGUGGCUUUGCAGUGCUCUCGAAUCUCUCUACUUUCGACAUUGCUCGGUCUUAAGGACUUUCCAAUGGAGCCAUCUGCUUUCAAUACCUAUUUCGAGCUAUGCUUGCAGCUCGGCCAUGAAAUGACCGAGGAGUCGUGGCGAAGUGGCCUUGCUCAUCGCUGGCCACUCGCAGCAUCUGAGCAGAAGCCUGAGCAUUAUCGUGCGUUGAUCCCGCAGUUGUUUGCCUUUGCACGGAACGAGCAGCAGUUGCGUGCUCUGAGUGAACGAGGUCUCAUCACUCAUCAGCUUUUGAACGGAAGCCACAGUCUCGUCACGAUAGAGAUGGGAAGGGCAUACGCCAAGCUUCUCAAGGAUUUCACGACAUCAGCGGCCGUAAAACACACCCUGGCCGAGAUGCUGAUCCAGCUGUAUCUCGCACAGCCAAACCAGCCCAUAUUCGAUCUCUUGUGCGAAGUCGCUUCCUUCUCCUUCGAUGUCGCCAGCUUUCUCUUCGGCUUGCGUGCCGACAUCACAGGCGUAAUCUACACUCGCUACGAUGCGCUUUCUGAGCGUCUCACUGCUACGGGCACAGCUUCCAUCACACCCAACCCAACAUUAAUGACAUGGCACGCCGCCAUAUUGAACGCUUUUCGGCGUGGUGCUGACAACUGGGAUGUCUAUCAUUGUUUCCUUCAGCAGACAAAAUACCUUGUCGGCAACCACACAUUUUUCGCCGGUCAAAUGGCGUUCAUCAAAGAGGUUCAAGCUACCAUCCGCGGAGUGUUGCAGUCAAGCAGCUUCACGGAGCCUCCAUUACAUACUGGCUUGGGAAAGGCCUACAUCAUUUCACACCUAAUACAGACACUGGUCGCCUCCUUGAGCUAUCAUCGUGCAAUGUCCCAGGACGAAAUUACCGAUCUUGUGUCUCUUUUCAACGACACCGCAGGCUCGCGCGACCACACGGUCAGCAUCGCUUGCAUCCACGCCUUGACCGUGUGCUGCUACGAAGUGCCAGACAUUAUGAGCAAGUACAUGGAAGACGUGGUAGACAAGAUGACAAAGAUGGUCACACAGAGGUAUCUCGCUAUCCAUGUCUUGCAGUUCCUAUCCGGUCUCUCAAGGCUACCUGACCUCUACCACAAUUUCACCGUGAACGACUACAAGAAGAUAUUUGCUGUUUGUUACAACUAUCUACAGACUACCCGAGGAGUACAGACCAUCGCUGAACGGAGGCAAACGCCAACCUCUGAACGCAGCUCGGCAACCACGAAGGACGAAGAAGCUUUUCCCGAAUACGUGUAUGCGCUGGCGCACCAUGUCAUUACGUUCUGGUAUAUGUCCCUACAACAGCAGCACCGGGACCAGCUCAAGCCUUACAUUACGGGUUGCUUGACUUACGAUGUUGACGGCCAGGCUCACAUUGAAGACCAAGGCUUAGUGACGGUGGACAUGAUGGACCGAAAAGACGCCGAGGCUAGUGGCGAUAUUACCAGCUCCUUGAAUGGAAGCAAUCUGCAUUUUGACCACUGGGAAGGUCGCCUUGUUGAGCGACAACGCCUUGCUGGGAUGCUGUUGAUCAGUACGAAGACAUCACUGCGGAGCGGUCGGUCGCUUGUGACCGUACGUCGACCGUCUGGCACGACCCAUCGACUCGUGACACCGGCGAUUGGUAGCGCCGUGAGAACCAAGGCUACUGUACAAUCAGAUGUUGGCGACUUUCUCAGCAUCGUACCGGCCGAUGACCAUGGCAUCACUUAUGGUACCAUCACCGUACCUAGUAACUUCUCAACUCUUGGUACUGGCGGUGUUGUUACGCUGCCUGAAGACGACGCGGUCACUCGUGCGAUUCGAUCGUUCGACCGCACAUCAGCAUUGGACUCGCACAAAGCUGGCGUAAUGUACAUCGGCGAGCGGCAAACAACGGCAGAUCGAGUUUUCCUAAAUAUAUCUGGCUCGACGGACUACAGAGAGUUUGUCAGUGGGCUUGGAACUGUUGAGAGGCUGAAAGGCGCCGGCUUCAAUACUCAGGGGUUAGAUCGCUCAAACGACGCGGAUGGCGAACAUGUCAUGGUCUGGAGAUACAACGAUGUCACGGAGCUAGUCUAUCAUGUUACAACGAUGAUGCCGAACGAUGAUGACACCCACGAGAACACCGGCCGUAAGAAACGGCACGUUGGCAACGAUCAUGUGACCAUCAUCUUCAACAACUCGGGAAUUCCUCAUGACUUUAACACCCUUUAUAACAUGUUUCCUGGGCAACUGACUUACGUCUACAUCGUAAUUGCGCCGUCAGCCAGAACGAACUUCAUGCAGGCUCGCACAGAGAACGUUCAUACGGAUAAGAGAGAUCGGUUCUAUACGGUGCAGGUCUUCACCCGUCCGGAUUACCCGAACCUAUCGGCAGCGGCUGAAGAGAAAGUCGUCUCUGGUGCAUCGCUUCCGGGCAUGGUGCGGAGCUUGGCGCUUAAUGAAUGCAUCAUGAGCUUAAUGUGGACUCAGAGGAACGACUCUGCACAGUAUCCGUCAUCUUGGCGGAGCAGAAUGGAUCAGUUACGGCGUUUGAGGGAACGGUAUGGCGGAAAAGCAGCAUAGGCGGAGAGAUACCCAGGGCAUGCAUAGCUGCCUACACAGCUGGAAAGGCGCAUCUGUUUGGAUUCCUUAGGUGCAUGGAGGCGCGGGAUGGAUUGAGGCACAAUCAAACGACUUAACUCCGGGAGAGCAUCAUAUCGAUCUUGUACCACUUGUUCUGUGCGUGUAGUGGAUGCUCUAGGUGCCCUUUUAUGACGCCGGCAACUUCCGUCAACUGAGCGGAGCGAUUCCCGCG